AUGGCUCAGACUCUCGCUGCAAAGGUCAAGAAUGUCUUGAGUGGCGAUACUGUGGUGCUUGUGCCCACCAAAACCGCUCAAUUCCCGGUUCCUGAGCGUACUUUGACGCUUCAGUACGUCAGAGGUGAUUCGUUUCUUGCCAAAGAGUUCUUGAGACAGUUGGUUAUUGGCAAGGAGGUGAAGUUUGAGGUUCUUUUCAAGAUGCCAACCACAGGUAAGGAGUUUGGUGACAUCAAGGCUCCAAUUUUCUCCUCUUUAAUCGAGUACUUGUUGGAACAUGGCAUGGUCAAGCUCAAGGACAAUAUUCGUGUGGAAGAUGAACUGAAUGUUGAAUUUGUGGAAAACUUGAAGAAGUUGGAACAGCAGGCUCAGACAAAGAAGCUUGGAAUCUGGGACGCCAAGUUCCAGGAGCCAGACGUGGUGCCAUUGUCUGAAGAUAUUGAAGCUUCCUCUCAGAAGCUGCCUUUGAACACCAUUGUGGAAAAGGUUAUCAGUGGAGACAGAAUUAUUGGACGUAUUCUUGUUAACAAGAACAAGCAUGUGCUGCAGCCAUUGCUUUUGGCUGGUAUCAAGACUCCUAGAACUGAUGAUCCUUCUGCUACCGUUGUCAAGGUCGCUCAGCAGGCUAAACAGUUUGUUGAAGAUCGUCUUUUGAGCACAAAGAGCAACAUCAAGGUUAAAGUCAUUGGUCACAACCAGGCUGGUCUUCCAUUGGUGAUUGUUGAGCAUCCAUCUGGUAACAACAUCCACGAGAAGCUCUUGGAGAACGGUUUCGCUGAGGUGGUCGACUGGCAGUCUUCUUUGAUUGGUUCCUCAAUCAUGAGCGGUUUGAGAAAAGCUGAACAAACCGCCAAGGCUUUGGGUAAAGGUCAGUUUGCUUCCGUGUCUGUUGCUCAGCCUUCUGCUGGUGGCGCUUCAAGCUCUAAGAUAUCUUCCAAGACGUUGAGACCUGGCGUGACUGUCGACAGUGUGACUAUCACCAAGGUAAUUAAUGCUGAUACCUUUAAUGUUCGCUUGCCAAAUGCUGAAGAGAUAACCGUGCAAUUGGCUUCUUUGAGAGCACCAAGACCAAAUGACUCUACCGUCACUUCUAACUCUCUGCAGCAGCAGGCCUUGGUUCAGAUGGCUCGUGAGUUUUCGAGAAACUUGGCCAUUGGUAAAUCAGCUUCUAUGUACAUUGACGGCUUUAGAGGUGCCAAUGAGGAGUUGGGAUUGGACUCCCGUUUCUUGGUUUCCCUCAAAAUCAACAACAAGGACGUCUCCGAGCAGAUAGUGUCCCACGGUUAUGCUACUGUCAUCAAGCACAAUAAGCAGACAUCCGGAGAGAGAUCGAUGAACUGGGACAGACUUGUGGAGCUUGAAGAGGAGCAGAAGAAGUUAGGAAAGAAGGGUGUCUACUUCAACGGAGGUGACAUUUCAAAGAUCCUCACCAUCGAUUCUCGUGUCGUGAAUGCAUCUGAGAAUGUUCAGAAGGCUAAGACCUUCUUCAACGGUUUCCAGAAGAAGGGCCGUAUUUCUGGCUUUUACGUGGAGUUCGUCUCUGGUGUCAACCGUGUUAAGUUAUACAACCCUAGAGAGGGCACCAAGUUGACGUUGAUCUUGGGUGGUUUGACUAACAGCAAGGCCCAGGAGACAGGUGCUGAUGGUCUCGAGUACAUGAACAAAAAGUACUUGCAGAGAAACGUUGAGUUUGAUAUCUAUGAUACCGACAAGAUUGGCGGUUUCAUUGGUAACUUAUACGCAAACGCCCAGGCCUUGAAGCCUGUCCAAAUUGAGCUCUUGAGCAACGGUUUGGCUUCUGUCCAUGGACUUGCUGUGAGCUCCAACAAGUAUGGUGCUGAGCUUGAAAAGGCCGAGGAUGCUGCCAAGGCAGCUCAUAAAGGUAUUUGGAAGGACUACGAUGAAGAGAAGGCUCAGAAUGAAGCCAACGCCGCCAGUGAAAAGUUGCAACAGCUCAACUUGGAAGCUGCUAAGCCUAAGUUCUUCAACAUUGAAGUCGUUGACAUCAGUCCCUCUCAAAUUUUGUCAUACCACUUGAUUGACGCUGACACGUCGGCCAAGUUCACACAAUUCAAGAAGGAGUUCAACGAUUUCCACUCGCAGAACGCUAGUGCUAGCGCCAAUUCUGCUGACUCCCCAAUCAACUUGACCAAGGGUCCUAGAAAGAAUGAAAUUGUGUCCGCCAAGUUCACCGAAAACGGCAAGUACUACCGUGCUAAGGUGUUGAACUUUGACCGUUCUUCUAACAAGUACGAAGUGAAGCACGUUGAUUUCGGCAACAUCGAUAAAGUGGGAUUGUCUGACUUGAGAGCUUUACCUAAGAAGUACAGUACUGACUUGAUCAAGCCUUUCGCUCACACAUUGAAGUUGCAGAACAUCACCUUGCCUCCAACCCAGCCUAACGACUACUUGACCGAGGCUAUCUACGUUUUGGAAGACUUGACUUUCGACAAGAAGCUUGUUCUCAGUGGUCUUCCAUCCACCAGCCCUGGCGUCGAGUACGAUGGUAUCUUGUACGACGCUGAAAAGUCCUUACAAGACCUGUCCUACACUCUCAACAAGCAGUUGGUGUCUGAAGGAUACGGUAUUGUUGACACUCGCGCACCAAGCCACUUGAAGAACUACGUUGAUGAGCUUGUUGCCACCGAAAAGAAGGCCAAGAGUGAGCGUCUUGGAUGUUGGGAGCUUGGCGACAUCACCCAGGGCGACGACGACUUCUAA